CCGGGCUUGGGCACAUCCGUCUGGACCUGCAGGGUUGGGGCCCUUGGGUAGCUUGUGCAGGGCCCGGGAAAGAAAGCGAAGAGACAGACACGGGAGCUGGAAAAGGACUUUCGAAGCCCCGGGACUUGGCAUGUGCAGAGCCCGGGGAGCAGCGGCAACCGCGGGACGGGGACCCGGAGAUGGGGAAAAACAAAAUCCUGGGAAGGGGCCCUCGACCUUCUGAAGAAGCUGAACAGUUGUCAGAUGACCAUCCAGCUACUCCAGACCACCAGGAUUGGAGUCGCUGUCAACGGGGUCCGCAAGCACUGCUCUGACAAGGAGGUGGUGUCCUUGGCCAAAGUUCUCAUCAGAAACUGGAAGCGGCUGCUGGACUCCCCAGCACCCCCCAAAGGAGAAAAAGGAGAGGAAAGAGUAAAAGCAAAGAAGAAGGAGAAAAGGCUUGACUGUUCCAGUUGGCAGCCAGAGACAGGCCUUUCUCCACCAAGGAAAAAACGAGUGGAAGAGCCCAAAGACAGGAGAGAUUCUGUGGACUCCAAGUCUUCAGCCACCUCCUCUCCAAAAAGACCAUCCAUGGAAAGAUCAAACAGCAGCAAAUCGAAAGCAGAGCCUCCCAGAACACCCAGCAGCCCCUCGAGCCCCACCUUUGCCCCCUCCAUCUGCCUCCUGGCGCCCUGCUAUCUCACGGGGGACUCUGUCCGGGACAAGUGUGUGGAGAUGCUGUCUGCGGCCCUGAAGGCGGACGACGAUUACAAGGACUAUGGAGUCAACUGUGACAAGAUGGCAUCAGAGAUCGAAGAUCAUAUCUACCAGGAGCUCAAGAGCACAGACAUGAAGUACCGGAACCGCGUGCGCAGCCGAAUCAGCAACCUCAAGGACCCCAGGAACCCUGGCCUGAGGCGGAACGUGCUCAGUGGGGCCAUCUCCGCCGGGCUCAUUGCCAAGAUGACGGCAGAGGAAAUGGCCAGCGAUGAGCUGAGGGAGCUGAGGAACGCCAUGACCCAGGAGGCCAUCCGUGAGCACCAGAUGGCCAAGACGGGCGGCACCACCACCGACCUCUUCCAGUGCAGCAAAUGCAAGAAGAAAAACUGCACCUAUAACCAGGUGCAGACACGCAGCGCCGAUGAGCCCAUGACUACCUUUGUCUUAUGCAAUGAAUGUGGCAAUCGCUGGAAGUUCUGCUGAUCGGACCACCAGCCAGGAUUUCAGUGAACAAGGCGAGGAAGAACAAAGAGGAAGCACUAAGCCAUCGUAACUGGAGAAAAAUAAAAAUUGAAGUGAAGAAAAAUACUGAACUCUGAAUGGGGCAUUAGGAAUCAGAGGGAGAAUUCUUUUACAAGUUAAUAAUCCGUUAUUAAUAGUGAUUGACUAAUAGGGGGAGGCUAAUUAGGGUACAAUGCCAAGUCCAUGUUGACUGACCUCUUAUAGAAACUUUAGGGACUUUAGAGCCUCAGAGCUGAGGUGACGUAUCUUUGACAGUGGCUGGCAGACCUUUGCUUUGAGUCCCUUCCCUCACAUCUGAACCUCUCAGCCUUUUCUGAGUUGAAAUAUACCAGACCGACUCAAAUCUUACCCACCCCACCAUGAGUCAUAUGUGUAGAACAGUUUGGCACACGCUUUGUCUUAGGCAGAUACAACUUACACACCGUAUAGAAAGAUUUCUACCCCUCCCCUCAUCUCUUCUCAAACUCUCUGCUAGUCCCCGUUCCUAGCUUGUUUUGGGUGUAUUUGAGGUCCUUCUAGGCAGGGGACAGGGACACAUCGUCUUGAGCUGAGGGUUUCUGAGUGAAAAGUACAGUGGUGCCCGAGUUCCGUGGUCCCUGGGAGGUCCUGAGCCUUGGAACCCAUCCAGGCCCAGGCAAUGCGUUCCUCACACAUUGGAGGCCGAGCUACAGAGGAAGUCUGCAGGGGACAGGGCCCUUGUUGUGCUUCUCCCAUGAUGAAAUCGGCUUGCUUUUUAAGCUGAUAGAAACUUUAGGCAAAUCUGGAACCGUCUAGAAAAGCCCUGGGAGCAGGUCUGGUGGGUCUGUCCUGGGUCUCAGUGUCUGACUGUCCCUGGCUUUCCAGCAGCCCUGGGCUGAGUCUCCUGGACCGUGUUUUCUAAAAUACCUAAUGUAUAGGAGCUUGUGAACUCCUGGGAGCUUGGGCAAGUCACUUAACCUCUCUGAGCCAUUUCCUUACCCAUUAAAAAUGGGGGUGAUACUAGGCCUGCCUCAAAGAGUUUCCAUCUGCCUUGGUUCAGACUUAGGGUAGCUGUCGGCAUCACUUCAGCCCAAGUUUCUUAUGUGCCCUGGCAUCAUCCACUCUGGAAUCGGUUAUCACCUUCCUCCUCCUGCCCAAGUGCCUCCUCCUGUAGGUGAAGCCAGUAAAUAAACUGUGUACAGAAACCUGCCACCAUCUCCAGCUUUGCAGCAGUCAGAUCAGUGGU